AUGCCAACUCAAUCUCAAAUAAAACAAGAAGAAGAUCAAACAAAAAAGAAUAAAUAUCAACAAUUUGGAAUUACUGUUGCUGGAGGAAAUGGAAAUAGAAAUGGACAGGAAUUAAAUCAACUCUCUAGUCCUUAUGGGAUGUUUAUUGAUAAUGAUAAAUCAAUUUAUAUUGCUGAUUGUUGGAAUAAUCGUAUUGUUAAAUGGGAAUUGAAUUCAAAUACUGGUCAAAUCAUUGCAGGCGAAAAUGGAAAAGAAAAUCAAAAUAAUCAAUUGGAUGGUCCAACAAAUAUAAUUUUUGAUAAAAAAAACAAUUGUUUUAUUAUUUCGGAAUUUUUUAACCAACGAGUAAUUCGAUAUUUUUAUAAAAAUCAAACAAAUCAACAAAUUACUAAUCGAAAUACUUAUCCUUUUGGUCUCGCAAUCGAUGAAAAUGGAUUUAUUUAUAUUGCUGAUAUUCACAAUCAUGAAGUAAGACGAUGGAAACAAGGAGAUGAAAUAGGUGAAUUAGUUGCAGGUGGAAAUGGUCAAGGAAAUCAUCUUAAUCAACUUAAUAAACCUACUUUUAUUUUUAUUGAUGAAUAUCAUUCCCUCUAUAUAUCAGAUUGGAACAAUCAUCGUGUGAUGAAAUGGAAAAAAGAUGCAAAAGAAGGAAUGAUUGUGGCUGGAGGAAAUGGUCAAGGAAAUAGUCUCAAACAACUAAAUCAUCCUGAAGGGGUGAUUGUUGAUCAUAUGGGUCAAAUCUAUGUGGCAGAUCGUUAUAAUCAUCGAGUAAUGCGUUGGUGUGAAGGAGAAGAAGAAGGUGAAGUUAUUGUCGGUGGAAAUGGUUAUGGAAAUCAAUCAAAUCAAUUGAAUUAUCCCAUGGGUUUAUCAUUCGAUAGUGAAGAAAAUCUUUAUGUUGCUGAUUCGGAAAAUGAUCGAAUUCAAAAAUUUAAAAUAAUUUUGUGA